CCUCGCACGUGCCGUAGCAAUUUCUGCUGAAAUUCAGAAGAAAGAAGAAGGAAGAAAAUGGAGAAACAUCAGAUCUGGAGCAUAGCGUUGGGAGCGUUCGCGUUUGGUCUGCUGUUCCUAUCGGCUUCAGCAGACGACGUCGUUGUGCUCUCUGAAGAUAACUUCGAGAAGGAAGUUGGUCAGGACAGAGGAGCUCUCGUUGAGUUCUAUGCUCCUUGGUGUGGACACUGCAAAAAGCUUGCACCAGAAUAUGAAAAACUCGGUAGCAGCUUCAAGAAAGCCAAAUCUAUUUUAAUUGGCAAGGUUGACUGUGAUGAACAUAAGAGUUUGUGCAGCAAAUAUGGAGUCUCUGGGUACCCAACAAUUCAAUGGUUUCCCAAAGGAUCUCUUGAACCCAAAAAGUAUGAAGGGCCACGCACUGCUGAAUCACUUGCCGAGUAUGUAAAUACGGAAGGAGGAACAAAUGUGAAGAUUGCUGCAGCUCCUUCCAAUGUAGUGGUGCUAACACCCGAAAAUUUUAAUGAGGUUGUCUUGGAUGAAACCAAAGAUGUCUUGGUUGAGUUUUAUGCACCAUGGUGUGGACAUUGCAAAAGUCUUGCUCCUACUUACGAGAAAGUUGCCACAGCAUUUAAAUUGGAGGAAGAUGUAGUUAUUGCAAAUCUGGAUGCUGAUAAAUAUAGGGAUCUGGCUGAAAAGUACGAUGUGAGUGGAUUUCCUACCUUGAAGUUUUUUCCAAAGAGCAACAAAGCUGGAGAAGAGUACGGUGGUGGAAGAGACUUAAAUGACUUUGUGGCUUUUAUCAAUGAGAAAUCUGGAACAAGUCGAGAUGGAAAAGGACAACUUACUUCCCAAGCUGGUAUAGUAGAAAGCUUGGAUGUCUUGGUAAAGGAGUUUGUAGCUGCCAGCAAUGAAGAGAAGAAAUCCGUGUUUACCCGAAUGGAGGAGGAAGUUGAGAAUCUCAAGGGUUCUGCCUCAAGGUUCGGGAAGAUUUACUUGAAAGCUGCCAAGAAUUACAUGGAAAAAGGUUCUGAUUAUGCUAAGAACGAAAUCCAGCGCCUACAGCGCAUACUUGACAAGUCUAUUAGCCCUGCGAAGGCCGACGAGCUAACUCUAAAGAAAAAUAUAUUGUCGACAUAUGAUGCUUAACCCAUUGGUACAAGUGUUAACCAUCUCUCGCGAAGACAGUGAUCCACCCCAGUUUCUUCUGAUGGUUGUUUGACUUUGGUAUAGAAAAUGGUGGGAGAUAUUCAACGUGGAGAGUUGUACUGCUUAAUUUGAGUGUAUUAACGAUACUAUCUUGCAUGGCGUUUUGGGGGGUAAAGAUUACCAUUCUUCUCCCCAUUGUAUUCUACCUGAGCGGUUUAAAAUUUUGUGAGACUAUACUACUUUUGCCUUUUAUCAUAUGUUUCUUUCUUUCGCUAGUUGAUAGUAACCGCAAAUUUGCCC